CGUUCCUGUGAGCUGUGUGUUUCACUCCGGACUCAAUAUCUACACACACACACACUUCUCCAGCUGAUUUUUAGUAGUGCGGACGUGUACAUUAAUUUUAAUCGUUGGCGUGCUUUAUUUCUCUUAUCGGAUCAUAUCAAGUUGUGUUUAUUGCGAUAUAGGAUUUUUAAAGUAAAAAAUGACAACCGUCGAGGAACUGAAGCUGCGAGUCCGUGAGUUAGAAAAUGAACUAAUUAAAUCCAAACAGAAGCAAAGUGAUGCUGAACAUCAUCUCAGACCAAAGAUUGUUAAAAUGAGUGCUGAAGUCGUAGACUCAAAUCCAUACAGUCGUCUAAUGGCACUCAAAAGGAUGGGCAUAGUUCAAGACUACGAGAAGAUCCGCUCGUAUGCUGUUGCAGUGGUGGGAGUGGGAGGUGUGGGGAGUGUCACUGCAGAAAUGCUCACCAGAUGUGGCAUUGGUAAGUUGCUGCUGUUUGACUAUGAUAAGGUGGAGCUGGCCAACAUGAACCGCCUCUUCUUCCAGCCACAUCAGGCAGGGCUCAGUAAAGUUGAGGCUGCAGAACACACUCUUAGGAACAUUAAUCCAGAUGUUGCUUUUGAGACCCACAAUUACAACAUCACCACAAUGGACAACUUCACACAUUUCAUGGACCGCAUUAGUCACGGAGGACUUGAGGACGGGAAGCCUGUAGAUUUGGUCCUCAGUUGUGUUGAUAACUUUGAAGCUCGGAUGGCCAUUAAUACAGCAUGUAAUGAGUUGGCUCAGAUAUGGAUGGAGUCGGGCGUCAGUGAGAAUGCCGUUUCUGGACACAUCCAGCUCAUCAUCCCUGGAGAAACUGCAUGUUUUGCUUGUGCACCUCCCCUUGUAGUGGCUGCAAAUAUCGACGAGAAGACGUUAAAGAGGGACGGAGUGUGUGCCGCCAGUCUGCCCACAACAAUGGGAGUGGUCGCCGGGCUCCUUGUACAGAACGUCCUGAAGUAUCUGUUGGGGUUUGGGACGGUGAGUUAUUAUCUGGGCUAUAAUGCCAUGCAGGAUUUCUUCCCGAGCAUGGCGAUGAAGGCCAACCCCCAGUGUGAUGACAGACACUGCAGACGACAGCAGGAUGAGUACAAGAAAAAAGAAGCAGAACGGCCAAAGCAGGAAGUAGUACAGGAAGAAGAAGAAGAAGUGGUGCAUGAGGACAAUGAAUGGGGCAUUGAGUUGGUGUCAGAGGUGUCAGAGGCAGAGCUACGGGACGCAUCAGGACCGGUACCAGAUCUACCGGAGGGCAUUACUGUAGCCUACACCAUACCUGAGAAAGAUGGAGGAUCAGGAGAGACGGUGGAGGAAACAGACCAGAGUUUAGAAGAGCUGAUGGCUCAGAUGAAGAAGAUGUAAGGGAACAUCAAUCAAGAACUCAGAAUAAAACUCUCCCACAGACACUUAAGACAAACUCAUUAUUAUUUUGUACUUAUACACGUUUGAGGUUUCAUAUAAAAUGAGUUUGAAUUUAGUUUUUUAUUCUGUUUUUGCAAGCAGCCUGUAACACUCAAGAUGUUUAUAGGUUUACUUCAGCUGAAAGUCUUAAUACUGAAUUGCCAUUACUGUUGAUCUUUUGUUUUCUCAGUGUUAAUGUGUCAGAGUUGGCAUGGAAUGUUUAAUAGAACCUAUCUGAAUGAUUGUUUUCAAAUGUCUGUUGUUAGCAGCAAUGUGACGAAAACAGAUAAGACUUCAGUCGCACAUCUAAAUAUGUAAUUGUCAUGUCUAAUAUGCUUGUAGACAUUCAGCCAGAUGUUAUAAAGAACAUCAUUAAAUUAUUUUAUUACAGAAAUUUCAUCAUUGGCCUGAUUCUGAAUGCUGUAUUGAAUGGGAUAACGAAAAAGUAAAUGUGUUGUUACAUUCCAUUCUGCUUUUCUUGCAUUUAAACUAGCAGAUCAAUGAAAAGAAGCAAAGCAUAAAAAAGCAUAAUUGUUGCACAUGCUAUGUAUUUUCUGUGGUGUUGAACCAUUUAAAUGGUCUCUCUCAAAAACGUGAGGCCUUAUAAAAUACUGAUUACAAUAAAAUCGUUCUAUUGAUGACCCUU